AUGCUCUUUUCUGAAAGUGAUUAUGCCCGAAAAGUGGAUAACACACAGCGCUCAACCAAGUGGGCUGUUGAAAAUUGGGAGUCUUGGCGUAAGCAACUCAAUGAAAAAAACAACGAAAAUGUCAAGGAGUUAUCGCAGAUGAGUGUUAGCGAAUUAAAUGAAUGGUUAACACGAUACAUUCAUGAGACUCGUCGCCAAGAUGGUGGCCCAUAUCCUGCACGCAGCUUAUACUUACUGUUGUAUGCUCUUCUUCGUCACAUGCGAGAUAAAGGUGUUACUGAUAAAAAUUUCUUAGAUGAGAAAGAUGAACGUUUCACUUCAUUCCAUGAUGCACUGAAGAAGCGUAUCGAACAAGUAGCUAACAUUUCCAAUGACCCCAUCAAGAAAAGGCUAAAAGUAUCCAGUAUUGAUGAGUCAAAACUAUGGCAAACUGCUGUAUUAGGAGAUGCAACCUCAUGGACAUUGCAAAAUACCGUCUUCUUUUAUAACAGUAAAUUGUUUACCAUUCGAAAUGUCGACUCUCAUCGUACACUAGAUGCUAACCAAUUUGAAAUCGGGUCUGACAAUUUGGGUAAAUAUGUCCGCUUUAUCCGCUCUAUCAACGAUAGCAACGGUGCUAAAGAGGCAGAAAAAGCUCCCAGUUUAUCCACCAUUUUCCGUCGUAAAGAGCAAAGUAAUGAUAUAAAAUUAUAUGCUCGUGAUAUGAACAGUCGAGUUUACCAUUGCUAUGAAGUUUAUCUGUCAAUCGUGCCAAGACAUGGCCCAUUCUAUAGAAGACCCAUUAAAUCAAGCGGGUUACUUAGCUUUCAUUCUCAACCGGUCGGCAAAAAUAGACUUGCAGUAAUGCUAAAAGAAAUGUGUGAGCGCGCUGAUGAAAUUUAUCACGAAUUUGUUAGCAAAAAACAAGUAAAUGGCUCAGCAAUCAGUCUAGGUCAGCGCCAUUUGCCAAUGCUUUUACCGCGGCCUGAUGAGCCCAGCCCUUCAGAUAGCCCUUCACCUACGCGAAGAAAUCUCUCCAACCAAAAUAGCACAGAAGAUGAUAGUACUCGACGUAGCGAUACCAUGUCAAAGAGAGGUCAAGGCUGCAUCGAAUGCUCGUCAUCAUUUAGGUCUACAUCAACUACUAGCAACGCAACAAGCAAUCAGUAUCCUUUAUCCACCGCUACAUCGUCUCCAUCUACGGUAAGAUCCGGCAUAUUUUCAAUCAAUGGCAUUAUGAAUAAAGCCAAUUCAAAUAAUGAGGUCAAACCAUGCAGUCAUGAUUCAGCUAUAUCGCAUUCUAAACAAGAUUCCAACAUUUCUACAUCCAUAAACUCAAUUUCCGAUAAAGCUCGGACAGAACAAGACAAAUCUAGUAAUUUAGUAUCUGCUCUAUCUCCGUCUGACACGGUUGAUGAUGGUAACAAUAAAUUGAAAAGACAACCUGAUCGCCCUAAUAACGUCGUUCAGAUUCUUCCCAUUACAGACCCUAAGUUGAUUACUUUGCAAAACGGUAACAAAAUAAUCAACAACACCAACAGUACUGCUAUCAUACUCAAAGAUUCCCCUCUUAAUAACGAUAACGUCGAUCAACCAAAUACUAACGGAAAAAGGAUAAGCGAUCAUGCUAAUAAUUUGACAGAUAUCAUAGUGACUAAGAAAUCAAGGAUAGACCAAGACGAUAAACAAAGGAAUUCUCUCAAUUUUACUAGUAUGGAAAAUAGUCUAGGUUCAUCAGUAUUUGAUAAUUGCGACAUCAAUGUGUAUUACCUAGGCUCACAGACCAAGUUUAGAGUUGCAAAUUUUAUUAUUGGACUUGCUUCACUCCCUUAA